CUAUCUAUGCUAUGGUGUGAUUGUGUAUUCGUUGAAAAUGUGUUGAUUGGUUCAUAGAUAUGUGAUGUGUUUGGCACUUUGCAUUGCAGAAGCAAUGUUUGGGACGGCGAUGAGAUGUUUGGCGAAGAAACCGAAGCCGAAGAUGGGACCGGUAGUUCUCAAAACGCCGCCGGAGCAGAGGCAGACAAUAACGAGGGUUCUCUUCGAUAUCGUGAAGGAGCAUGGCCCCAUAACCGUUGCUAACACGUGGGAACGUGUCAAGGAAGUUGGAUUGAAAGAUUUGACGAGCAAGAAUCACAUGAAAAUAUUGCUGAGAUGGAUGAGGGAGAGGCAGAAGGUUCGUCUUGUUUGCAACCACGUUGGGGCACACAAACAGUUCCUCUACACCACUUGGUUCACCAAGCCGACUACCCCUCCCACCAAGAACAACAACCCCUCUUGAAAUUUCAUCUCUUUUAUGCGCUGUCGAGAGCAAUAAUUUUGUUUUGGAACCGUUUAUAGAGAUUAAAUGUAACUCUUUUAACUUUUUCCAAGAGUCGGUGAAUAUUAGGGGCAGUGUUUCGGAACAUGUUUUUUCGCAGAUUGGAAUUACAAGUUUCUUAGAUCAAUCAUCUAAAAAUAACUUACUAGCAUCCUCGACAGUUUGAAACUACUGUAUGAUGCUUGUCAGAAUGACUAAACCAUCAAUUUGGUCAUGAAGGGUUACCCUCUUUCCCAAGUUGUCUUUGAAGUAGUAAAAUUAUACCUUUAGUCUUUAAAGUACUGAAAAUACAUCAAUUUAGUCCCUGCUAUAAUAUAUUUUUGAUGAACUAAUUUAAAAGAUUUUUCAAUACUUUAGGAAUUAUGUAACAUGAUUUAUUAUAGUUUAGGGUCUAUUUAUAUAAUUUUACCAUUUCAAGGACUGAUUAAGAGAGAGGAUAGUUCUUCAAGGACUAAACUGAUAAUCAGAUGUUUGCAGCAUCUCCUCAGCAGUAGGGGUUAAGUUAGUGGCAACUUUGAAAAAUUGUUCACAAGAAGAUUAACAGUCUGAAACUCAAUUCCGUGACAGAAAUUAAUGAAUAAAGAGGUUUGUGGUGAUUGCGGUAAUGCUACGCGUUUCAGUUUUGGAAGCACUUGCACUAGACAAGAAUUUUGAUUUAGGAUCAGAUGCUCUAACUAUGGAAACUCAUGAAAUGGAGAUAAAGGACAAAUACUCAAAGUUGUUGCAGUGUGAGACAAUAAGGAAUUUAAGCUGUUUGGGAUUUUGAGAAUGUGAAACAUUUUCAUGUUCUUUAUUGUCCUCCAUGAUUUGCUCCAAUUCGUCACAAUUUUCUACCACUAGGACCUUCUACGAAGGUAGCAUUCUCAAGACACAGGCAGAGAAGAUAGCCUUUAGUUUUGGACAAUGACAAAGUGUAGUUUAUGAAGAUGUUCAACUUGAAAAGCCCAAAAAGUUUGGAACUUGUCCAUAUAUACCUUAGCUCUGGUAAAUUGAUUACCCUUAGGAUUUCUAACCACAUACUCGUUGUUCAUUGAUAAGAAAUUUCUUCAUAUGGAAAAUUUCUUGACUUUGGAGUUGUUUUCAAUAACAGCAAGUUUCAACU